AUGAGUGCCCACCUGGCCAUGCCACCCUACCUGCCCUACCCCGGCACCGUUAGGUAUGGGGAUUAUUACUGGUUCUCCCCAGGGAGCAUGGACAACAUGCCCGUCGAGGAGGCUCCAGGGCCGGCGGGCUGCUCCCCUGCCUUUGUGUCCAGCGGUGCAACAGGUCGGGAGCUGCUCCCCUGCCUUUGUGUCCAGGUGGGUGCCUCGCAGCCUGUUUUCUCGCACUGGGGGGAGGCGGGGAAGAUGCUUGAUGAGUCCCGUGCCCUCAUUUGGAGCAUGGACAACGUGCCCGUCGAGGAGGCUCCAGGGCCGGCGGGUGCCCUCCCCUUCCCCGCGGCGGAGAAGACGCCCACCGCCCACACAGAUGUCUCCCCGGCUUCCUCCAGCUCUGGGACACUCACCCAGUACACCCCUGACUCUGCCACUAGCCCCACCGCACAGUGCCCGUCUCCCCAUCCCUCCGUCAAGAAGGAAGGUGAGGGUGUGGUGAAGAAGGCCAAGAGCCGAACAGCUUUCUCCCAGCAGCAGCUGCAAACCCUGCACCAGUGGUUCCAGACCCAGAAGUACCUCAGCCCACAACAGAUCCGGGACCUGGCUGCUGCCCUGGGGCUCACCUACAAGCAGGUGAAAACAUGGUUUCAGAAUCAACGGAUGAAAUUUAAACGUUGCCAGAAGGAAAGCCAGUGGGUAGAAAAGGGACUGUAUCUACCACAGAAUGGGUUUCAUCAGGCUGCCUAUCUGGAUAUAACCCCCACGUUUCACCAGGGCUUCCCCGUCUGUGCCAGCAGAAACCUUCAGGCUGUGACCAACGUGCACCAGGCUUACAGUGGUGGCCAGACUUGUGGGAAUGGGCAGAGCCUGUACUUCAUGGCCGGAGUGGAGGAUGAGGGGCUCUUUGGAAAAGGUGGGACAAGCUGCAAUACCCAGCAAGCUGUGGGUUUAUUAAGCCAGCAGAUGAACUUCUAUCACGGCUACCCUGCUGACGUGGAUUAUGUCAGCCUGGAGCCAGAAGACACCUACAGCUUCCAGAGCACCUCUGACAAUGUCAUGCCUUUCUCGAGCUCUCCUGUACGGCAUCAGUACCAGCCCACUUGGCAUCCCCUGGGGACCCAGAGCAGUUAUGAAUCUUAG